AAUAGACAGGCCAGGAGAAGUUUUAUUCAACAAGAACUGAGCAAGUCUUCACUAUUUUGGUAUAACCUGCAUAUUAGUUUCUUGCAUAUCAAAGAAGAUGUCUAGCUGUGGAUCAUCAACUUGUAGCUGCGGUUCCAGCUGCAAAUGUGGCAGCGGUUGCAACUGCUCUCACCUUGACUUGGAGAACACCGCAACUGCCACCAUCAUUGCUGGUGUUGCACCAAUGAAGAGCUAUUUUGAUGGAGCUGAGAAGAGCUUUGGAGCAGAAGGAGGAAACGCCUGCAAGUGCGGAUCAAACUGCACCUGUGAUCCAUGCAACUGCUGAUCAUCAUCAACAUCAUGCAUAUGAUAUAUAUGGAGAUUACCAGCAAAGACUUAGCAGCUCGUCGCUUUGUUUAUAUAUGUUCAGUUUAAAUUAAUGAAUAUUGAAUAAGGCAUCUCUGAUCUUACCAUCUAGAACUUCCAUUCUUUUUGGAUUUUACAGAUGGCUUAGAUUAGUGUACGCACUUGUGUUGUUCCUUUGUAAUUAACUGCUAUGUUGGUAUUGAAAUAUAUAUAUACUAUGUAAACAGCUUUACAGACAA